UGCUUGCUGCAGGAUGGCUGACAACUCCACGGGAGACAUCCAUGCUGCGGGAUCCCAGCUGAGCCUCACGGACAUUAUUGUCAUCUCUGUAUAUUUUGCCUUGAAUGUGGCCGUGGGCAUAUGGUCGGCUUGUCGAGCCAACAAGAACACAGUGAGCGGCUAUUUCCUGGCAGGCCGGGACAUGGCUUGGUGGCCGAUUGGAGCCUCACUCUUUGCGAGCAGUGAGGGCUCCGGCCUCUUCGUAGGACUGGCGGGCUCGGGCGCUGCUGGAGGCCUGGCUGUGGCAGGCUUUGAGUGGAACGCCACAUACGUGCUUUUGGCGUUGGCAUGGGUGUUUGUACCCAUCUACGUAUCUUCAGAGAUCGUCACCUUGCCUGAAUACAUUCAGAAACGCUUCGGUGGCCAGCGCAUCCGCACGUACUUAUCUGUCCUGUCCCUGAUGCUGUCUGUCUUCACCAAGAUAUCGAUUGACCUGUACGCAGGAGCGCUGUUUGUCCACAUCUGCCUGGGCUGGAACUUCUACCUGUCCACCAUCCUCACGCUCGUCAUUACGGCCCUGUACACUAUUGCAGGGGGCCUGGCCACUGUGAUAUACACAGACGCCCUGCAGACGGUCAUCAUGGUGCUGGGUGCUGUCAUUCUGGCAGUCAAAGCUUUUGAUCAGAUCGGUGGUUAUGAGCAGCUGGAGGCGGCAUAUGCCCAGGCCAUCCCCUCCAGGACCAUCCCCAACACCACCUGUCACCUGCCGAGAGCAGACGCCAUGCAUAUGUUCCGGGACCCUUCCACAGGAGACCUCCCGUGGACUGGGAUGACCUUUGGUCUGACCAUUAUGGCCACCUGGUACUGGUGCACUGACCAGGUUAUUGUGCAGCGGUCCCUCUCGGCCCGGAACCUGAACCAUGCUAAGGCGGGCUCCAUUCUAGCCAGCUACCUGAAGAUGCUUCCCAUGGGCCUGAUGAUCAUGCCAGGCAUGAUCAGCAGAGUGCUGUUCCCAGAUGAUGUAGGCUGUGUCGUUCCAUCUGAGUGUCUGCGAGCCUGUGGGGCUGAAAUUGGCUGCUCCAACAUUGCCUACCCGAAGCUGGUCAUGGAGCUGAUGCCCAUAGGUCUUCGAGGGCUGAUGAUCGCUGUAAUGAUGGCGGCUCUCCUGUCAUCCCUGACCUCCAUCUUCAACAGCAGCAGUACACUCUUCACCAUGGACAUCUGGAGGCAAUGUCGGCCCAGCGCGGGAGAGCGGGAGCUGCUGCUGGUGGGGCGGCUGGUCAUCGUGGUGCUCAUCGGUGUGAGCGUAGCCUGGAUCCCGGUCUUGCAGGGCUCUAACAGUGGUCAGCUUUUUAUCUACAUGCAGUCAGUGACCAGCUCGCUGGCGCCCCCUGUCACCGCCAUCUUCAUCCUGGGCAUCUUCUGGAGGAGGGCCAAUGAACAGGGAGCCUUCUGGGGCCUGAUGGCCGGGCUGCUGGUGGGCGCCCUGAGGCUGGUCCUGGAAUUCCUGCACCCGGAGCCCCCAUGUGGCCAGAUAGAUACCCGGCCGGCCCCCCUCCGCAGCAUACAUUACUUGCAUUUUGCCAUUGCCCUCUUCCUCCUCACCUGUGCCGUGAUGGUCGCUGGGAGCCUACUGAGCCCGCCCCCUCAGCAGGGACAGAUUGAAAACCUUACCUGGUGGACUCUGGCUCCGAACUGGUCCUUAAAAACCAAAACAGGUGAUGGCCAAACACCCCAGAAACGUGCUUUCUGGACCCGCGUGUGUAAUUUCAACGCCAUCUUCCUCAUGUGUGUCAACAUUUUCUUCUAUGCCUAUUUUGCCUGAUGCUGCCACCACUCCAGGGGGAAGGUGGGACCCUCAAGCCCUCAGGACCACCUUCCUUCCUGGGCUGGACAUGAAAGCCCAGGGGAACAGAAUGUGCCCACAGAUAUACAGUGGGUCAAUACCAAGU